UAAGCUAAUAAUGAUUCAAUGAUCAAACCGUUGUACUGGAAUUCAAGUAAAUGAUAGAACUAUGUCUUGAAGUUGUUCCUCCCCCCUCCCCCCCCCCCCCCCCCCCCCCCAAAAAAAAAUAAAGUUGAAAGCAAAUCGGACGCCACGUUGCUCGCGGUUCUCUAGGCUUUGAGCUUUGAUCUUUGAAAUUUGCUUACUUUCAAAGAAGCAUGAGCCAUGAGGGGGUUCGUAGUAGGCUGUAGGCCCAAACAAUUUUGUAUCUUGUUGCACCAUGAUUUUUAAUACAGUAAAUGUUUAUUGUCCCAAAAAUCUCAAAUCCAACCCUGGAUAUGUGAGGGGCCCUCUAAGCCACUACUUUUGCAACUCGCACAGUCGCACGCACUUAUCACUUCUCAGGAUCCGUAACCAUAACUAACUAGAUAUAGGAAGAUAAGAUCAAUUAUAUAAUAAUUGAAUGAUGCAAUAUUCAAAGGAAGUAUUACGCAAAAUAUAUAGAUAUAUUCAAAGGAAGAGUGUGGUUCAAGCGAUCACUGAUGUAAAAUAGUGAAGAACUAAGAAACAUAAAACUUAUCCGAUCUUUUGUCUCGAACGACGCUCGUGUAGGAGCUGGCGUAAAAUUAAAAGCUGGGUCCCACGGAACUAGCAGUCUUCUCUAUACACGUGCCUGAAGUAAGCAGACACUCAUGUGAAGCUACGGAACCUUAAGUGAUUCGCUUCUCUCGAAACAUUUGUAAAGGUGGUUUGUGACCUUGGAUGCGGUUAAUCAGAUAGACUUAAACACGUUUAUUCAUUACAUAAAUAAGCAAAAAUUAUCUCUAACUAAUAUACUAAUGAUAUCGACAUAAAAUUAAUUUACUUUUACUUUAGUGAAAGAUACCUUAGAAUACCUCAUUUGAGUGCAGACUGUUUAUGGCCGAGGCUCUCACUACGAGUCUACGAGAGAGUAUUGCUGCAUGCAAUGCAACUGCGUACAAAGCAUCUGCGCAAAAACAUUUUUCACUGGCCAUUGUGCCCAUUGACUCGUUGUAUAUGCUUUUUGUUUCAAGUACUUAUAUUUCUUUCUUCAUGUAUAGGGACUGUUUUAGAUGUAUAUGUUUUGUGAAAAUUAAUUAGCUAUAUCCUAUAUAUAUACUUCGUCAAACCUUCCGAUUUACAUGUAUCUUUUGUCCCCUUCAAACGCAAUAAAAAUGAAAUAAUUAAAGAAAGAUGUAACAAAAGUUUUUCUUCCCAUAGAAACCCAUUUCUCUAUCUUAACUCCUUUUAAAACUCACGUUUCCCAUCACUCCACUCUCUCCUCUUUUCUCUCUCCCUAAAAGAGCUCCGGCGAGAGUUCACCGUAACAACCCCACCGGCAAAAACCAAACCUUUUAACCUCAUGGAAGAAGAAGCUCAUGAGUUCUUUCACACAGAGGACCAUUUCGCCGUCGAUGACCUCUUGGUCGAUUUCUCUAACGAUGAUGACGAGGAGAACGAUGUCAUUGCUGAUUCCUACGGCGCCGACACAACCACCGCCGUAGCCGACAGCUCUAACUCAUCCUCCUUCUCCAACACUGCAGGUCUUCACACUUUCAACGGUGACGUUCAAGACGGUACCAGCUUCUCCGGCGACCUUUGCGUACCGAGUGAUGAGUUAGCUGAGCUGGAGUGGUUGUCGAACUUCGUGGAGGACUCUUUCUCGGCCGAACAUGUUCAAAAGCUCCAGCUUAUAUCCGGUUACAGGACCCGACCCGACUCAAAAUCCGAACCCGGCCUGAAAAACCUGAAAAGCAGCAGUCCGGUUUUCACCACUGACGUCUCUGUGCCGGCCAAAGCCAGGAGCAAACGCUCACGCGCCGCAGCAUGCAACUGGGCCUCACGUGAGCUUCCCAAGGAAGCCUUUUACGACAACCCGUUCACCGGAGAAACCAUUAUCUCCAGCCUCUACCUGUCUCCGCCGUCCUCGCCGACGCCCACGGCUCAACUCUGGAAAAAGCUAGCCGUCGACGCCUCCCGGCGGAAGAAAGAUUUCUCGACGGACUCCGGCGCAGAUGAGCGACGGUGUCUCCACUGCGCUACCGACAAGACGCCGCAGUGGCGGACGGGUCCAAUGGGUCCGAAGACUCUGUGCAACGCUUGCGGCGUGAGGUACAAAUCGGGACGUCUGGUGCCGGAGUACCGGCCGGUGGCGAGUCCGACGUUCGUGUUGACAAAACAUUCCAAUUCUCAUCGGAAAGUUAUGGAGCUCCGGCGACAGAAGGAGAUGACCAAGUCCUACGGUAAGGACACUGCCAUGAUUCUCGACGUUUCAUCGGACGGUGAUGAUUACUUGAUCCACCAUAACGUUGUCUGAUUGGAUCCCUUUAAUUUUUGUUUCCAAUAAUUAGGAUAUCUUCUUAAAUCAAAUUUUGCUAAUCUUAAUUAUGUUUUGGAAUAUGUUAGAAUUUUUUUUUUUUGCUUUCUUUUUGACAUGGAUUGAAUUUUUUUAGGUAAACCUACUUUUACUGUCAUUAAUUUAGUUUAUUUUGAUCUCUGUAUCAUGGAUUAAUCAUCAAUGUUAGAUCUACAACAUUUAAAAUUAUCUUUUCACAUGCUCAUACUUUUACCAUUACAAAAGAUAAUAAGGGAUAACCUGUAUUUGAGAGAAGAUUAUAGAUAUAUGCUUUAUACUAAGAUAGACACUAUCUAGUUCCUUUUCUGAUGCAUGAUUCUCGAAGAGUUUGUAGACCAAACUCUGCAAGGCAUUUCACGAUACAUUAGCAUAUGGCAUCGUCAGAGCACACAUAUACAGUUAACUAAUGGAGCAUUUAUGCCCUGAUAUCAAAUCUUUUCUUGAUACUAAGAAAAUGGCAAACUUUUUUGUUGAUUGAAAAAUCACAUAUACAAGAGUCUUGAUACGUCUCUAAACUUUUGAGCAUUUCAUAAACCAAUCAAGAAUGCCCCAACUCAUUCAUAUUAACCAAUCAGCUCUCACCUAACGACAUAAAUUCCGCUCCUGAGCUUGCGAUCGAAGUCUUUUUUUUCUUUCUUUUUGAUCAACUGAGCUUGCGAAGUCUAAAAGUUCGUAUGGCUUGGUCUAAUUCUCUUUACAAACACUAGGAGGUUGUCCGCGCUUCGCGCGGAUUUAUUAGUUAGUUAUUGUGUGUAUGUUUGAUCUGGUUGUUCUUUGUUCCGACUACGUGUAUAUUGAUGUAUAAGUUUGUGUUAAUUGUGGGGGUGGUAUGGAUAAUGUAUAGUUGGGAGUAGGCCUGGGCAAAAUAACCGGAACCAAAGAACCGAACCGAAAUACCCGAAACCGAAACCGGAUCAAUAUCUUCAAAUACCCGAACGGUUCCUAUAUUUUUAUAUCCGAAAUAACCGAACCGAGAACUGAAUGGGUACCCGAAUAUAUAAAAAUAUUCAUUAUAUAUACAUAUAACAUCACUAAAUAUAUAUUUUUUAAUUUAAAAUUCUAUUAAAAUAUCUGAAAAUAGUUGAGUAUAACUAAAUUAUUAUAAAGUAUCCAAACUAUCCGAAAGUAUCUGAAACUAUCCGGAUAGUUUUAUCCGAAAUAUCCAAAGUAAUCCAAGAUAUCCAAAAUCUUUAUCUAAAUCAUCCUAAUUAUUUGAUAUUUUACCUUAAAUAACCGAUAUUUUUUCCAAAUUAUCCGAACGACCCAAACUAUCCGAGCCCGAACCGGAUCCAAAUGAGAACCGAACUUUUUCCGGAUAUUUUCCGGCUCCUGCAUUUACUAUCCAAACCGAACCGAACCCGAAACUACCCGAACCGAACCGAAUCGAAAAUAGAUCAAGUACUAAAUGGAUCAUCUAGCCCCUAUCCAAACUAUCCGAAACCCGAAAUACCCGAACCGAACCAAACCGAUACCCGAAAUGCGCAGACCUAGUUGGGAGUUUGAAAUCUUGUUAGUGGUAUAGCUUUUGCGUUUUGUUCUUUUCUUCUUUUUGUGAUUUGAAAUGGGCCUUGUGUUAUAAAAAAAUAAUUUAUUAUUGCUGUAAUAAAAUUUGGUUGAAGACAUUUUUUUACUAUAUUCUGUUAGACUCUAGUAUAAGUUUCAUUGUUAGAUUUAGUUGUAUUUUUAGUCGGCCCUGUUGUUUGCCUUUAAAUUUUUUAUAUUGAAUGUGUAUAAAUUCUAAAAAAUUUAAAAUUAAAGGGGUAUUAUUGAGAAGUCAUCAAUAUGAUUUUAAUGUAUGUAUACGUAAACACAAAUCAUAAAUGCAGAAUCAUUAGCCAGUAUAUUUGUGUUUACAGACCAUUGUAAAUUUGAAUGAUGAUACUAAAUUUUGUAUUUGAUUUUUCCAUAACUUUUUUGCCAAGUUUUUUAAAUUUUCGAAAUGAUUUAUGUAGAGUAAGAUUGGACCAAGUUUUUUUCUUAAGAAUCUAAACCUCUACCAAGAAAUGUAACCGGUAAAGAUAGUUCCAAUAAUUUAAAGUAAAUGGGAGAAGUCUUAAAUGAAACCAAGAUUGAAAAACAAUCCGUAUCUAUGGGUUUUGUAUUGUUGAUGAACUCAAUUGCAGGAAGGUAAAUGUUGUGAUCAAAAUGAAGAAACUGGGUGAGGGGAGUGUGUGGUGGGGAUGGAUUAACCAUUCCUAUCUGUUACUUCCUUCUUCAUACGCACCUGCAGUGUGUUUUUUUGGUUAAUCUAUUUGACCUUUUUGGCUGCGAGAUUAUAUAACCCAUAUAUUUCAAGUAAACGUAAGUCAGAACGUCUGCUGUUCCGUUUUGAAUAAUGUUCAAGCAUUUUUUUGUUUUCCAGGGCAGUUGCUACACGUUGUUACAUUUUAAUGUUAAAACGUUGAAGUUUUUAUUUGCCUAUAUUUAUUACGAAUGGGAACUUUGUUAACAGAUGAGUAAAUAAACGACGUAUAGUGAGUUGUUUCUAUGAUCGUCGGGUUAGAGGGUUGAGUAAAUAAUGCACGCGACCUAUUACUGGCGUCGUUAUGUGAAGCUCAUGUUUGUAAAAUAAAAUGGUUUCUCCGUUCAUUUGAUUGGUAUAGGUGGUUAAGCUAAGUAUUAAAAAGUCUGAUUAGGAUUAUAAAAGUAAAUAACCUUUUUUAGAGUUUGGGAUUAAAAUAAAAGAGGAAUUUUGAGUCACAUCACAUUUGUUCAGCCUAUUAGAAAUGAAACAUGUUCUUCAAUCCACAUUACGUGCAUGUGGAUCGCAAGUAUUGAGCAUGAAGCUGUGGUCUGUGGACUACCCCACAUCACCAUUUGCAGAUAUCAUGUGAAAGCAUUAAUAAAUCAAUUAUUAUAUCCGAGUUUGUGACGCGAGAUGUGAAAAUAUAGUUUGGACCGCAAUAUGUUAUAAGCAAUUAGAGAAAAUCUUAUUGGAUGAGUAAUGUCCAGUGUAUGUCGAUCGAAACAAACAUCAAGUCAAAAGUAAAAUGAAGCAUAUAAUACUGAGCAACCAAAACACGUGAUGUAUGCUUAAAUUUUAAUAUGUGAAGAGACUUUUAUAAUUAUUAUUCGUUAACCUUAAUUUUUCAUACUUCCUCAGGGCUUGAGUUUACUUUCUGGCCACGUGAGUUUCUGGAAGACCAACCCACAAAAUUAAUUGGGCUCGGAUAUAUGUUGCAAUAUUUACUUUUGGGCUGGAGAAUAUGUUAAAUGACAUGUAUUGGUCCUGAAUAUCUUAGGUGAAGUGGACACUCUUAGAAGUCGCAAAAUUAGUUCUUUUUAUAUAAUAGGAUUAUUAUAUAUUUUUACCAAAAAAACAUUAUUAAUUUUUUAUAUAAAAUGUAACAUUACACAUAAAAUAAUAAAAUACAACCAAAUGCAAUUUUAAAAUAAAAUAUAAUAGAAUUAAAAUUUGAAGAAACUUUCUUUUAAAGCUUCUUAAUGCAAUAUUCAUGUUUGAGUUAGGCCAUAGAUGAAACUCCAAAUUCCAAACUACUUUGUUUUCUCUGUUGUAUAACAUUAGUCAACUUUCAACUUGGAUCUAUAGAUGUGGAAUCCAAUAUAAUGAUUUUCUC